GCAAUAACGGCCAGCACUUAUCGGACCAAGUCAAACAACGCAGAUGAACUCUCCGUGCGCCAACCUAAACUCAGACUGAGCAACAAAGCUUUUGCCGAGGUAUGUGCAUAAUAUUUCAUCUCAAUGGUCCCCCUCACCUACUUCAUGCUCAUGAAGACAAAUAAUCCCAAUAAAUGAAGCGGCAAAUAACUCCCGUCAUGGGUAAUGUUGCUGCGACCUCCAUGAUCGAUAUUCAUAGUUACACAGAAGCAUAUUCCUCACUUUUAUUCGAUAAUCAAACCUUUUUUGCUGCAAAAGCUAACUUGCUCGUUCCAAAGACAACCAAACAAACUGCCAAGCAGUGGUUCGAUCUCCCAAAAACAGACAUGUACGUAAAGGAAACAACCUGCACCUCCGAAGGCUUUGGCUUUGGGAGAAGGUUUACGGGGAAGUGACUGACUGAAAUAUUUCAAUACAGGACUCCAGAGAUGAUCAGGGAUCUAAAGUUGCUCAAGAUGCGCAGCACACUGAACAACAAGAUCUUUUAUAAGAAAGACAACAGGGCAGCCGUACCCGAGUUCAGUCAUGUUGGAACUAUCGUCGCCGGACCUACCGAGUUCUUCAGCGCGAGAAUGACCAAGAAGGAGAGAAAACAGACUCUGCUCCACGAGGUCAUGCAGACCGAGAAAGAGAACAAGAAGUUCAAGAGCAAGUACGGCGAGAUCCAGAAAGCAAAGACAAGUGGCAAGAAAGCCCACUACAAGAAGAUGACGCAAAUGAGAUAUGGCAAGAAGUGAACUUGAUGCUCUCACUGCCCACUUCCUACAUGUCGAGGCAAACUCGCCUUGCUCGACCCACAAUCAGCCUGGUAAGGCAGGAUGGCAAGACGCACGAAGUGCACCUGCACAGUUUCCACACUGUUUGUGCCGGCUAAUCGUUGCACUUCGCAAUUGUUCUAGUUUUCGAUCUGUUUUGAGAAAUCGUCCAGCAGAUCGGGAAUGGCUAUGUACACGGCGACCAGGAAUCAGGUCAUCUAUGCUGAAGCAUCAAGCUUGGCUAUGACCCACCUUAUGGCUCUUCGCAGAGACUGAUUGACCAUGUCUCAGUCCCAUGAACACUACAAUGUCAUGCAAAGGAAGCUACGCCUGCU